AUGUUUAAGACCUAUGUAAAAGAGGGCGCGCCCAAGCAAAAUAACGGAAAGGCAAAAGAUUCUGUCAGUUCAACAUUAGGUUCUUUAUCUCUGUUGCACCUUAACAGACAUACAAGCUCGAGUGGCAGUGGGGACACGGAGCCCGCGGCGGCGCGCAGCUCGGAGCCGGCGGCGGAGGGCGCGGGCGCGGCCCCCGCCUCCUCCCCCGCCGCGCCCGCGCCCGCCCCCGCCGCCAACGGCAGCCCCGUGCCGGCGCGCAACACGGCGCGCGUGGCGGCCAAGUUCGCCGACCUCACGCUCACGGGCGGCUCGCUCAAGCCGGCGCUGGCCGCCAAGCCGGCCCUGCUGCGCCGCCCCACCCCGCACCCCGUGCACGCCCGCCCCCACGAGCCCCCGACGGUACCCACACUCCCUAUCCCCACCCCCGACUCCACCUCCGACGCCCCUACUGCGCCUGAUUCUACGUGUUAA